GCAAAACUCCCGAACAGGCGGAAAUCCAGAAGAAGAAGCAGCAGCCCACCAUUGCCAUCCACGAUCGUCGCUCCGAAACCCUAAUUCGCUCUGGAUCGAACCGUGGCUCCUCCAGGAGCUCCGACAGUCUCCCGCCGAAGACCCCACCACCCCCAAUCCUCCCCUUCCUCCGCCCCCCCGCCGCCGUCCUCGUCGUCGCCGGCGACCCCUACGAGGAUCAUCUACCGAGAGUCCGGGCCGAAGUCGGACUUCCCGUUCUGGCAGCAGAACUGGUUCAUCGUCCUGCUGUUCGCGAUGGCGAUCGGGUUCUUCGGCGUCGCCCUGUUCCUCUUCCUCGGCCUCGAUUUCGAUCAGGGCUCGCCCUCCCCUGCUUACGCCGCCUCAUCGGAAGGCGUCGAGAUAACGUAUGGGACAGUUCUCAAGCUAAUGCAUGAGAAGACAAAAUUUCGGCUUCAUUCCCAUGAUGUACCUUAUGGUUCCGGCAGUGGGCAGCAGUCUGUCACUGGGUUUUCUGGUGUCGAUGAUUCCAAUAGCUACUGGGUUGUUAGGCCUCAGCCAGGUACAUCAGCUAAACAAGGAGAUCCAAUCAAAAGUGGGACCAUCAUUAGGUUGCAACACAUGAAGACUAGAAAGUGGUUGCACAGCCACUUGCAUGCAUCUCCAAUAUCAGGGAACCUAGAGGUCAGUUGUUUUGGAGGAGAGACUGAAUCUGAUACUGGAGAUUAUUGGAGGCUUAUGAUUGAAGGUACUGGCAAAACUUGGAAGCAGGAACAGAGGAUUCGACUCCAACAUGUGGAUACUAGUGGCUAUUUACACAGUCAUGACAAGAAAUACCAGCGUAUUGCUGGGGGCCAGCAGGAGGUAUGUGGUGUCCGAGAAAAGCGGCCUGACAACAUUUGGUUGGCGGCAGAAGGCGUUUAUCUUCCAGUUACAGAAAGCAAGUAGAACACUCCCAUCAAGCCGACGCAUAUUGGAGGACUCUCACUUUAGCCAUGCGUUGACAUCUAAGGAAUAUAGUUGGAUGGACUUAGACUCGUGCCGGUACACCUUAGCCGGUGCCUUCCUUCUAUAAUAGCAAAUUGUAGACUUGAGCUCCUUAAAUGAAGAACAUCUCAGGGUAUUAUACUUGAAUGCCACUAUCAUCGAUUUUGGUCAAUGCAUGUAAUCCUUGUUUCUCAA